AUUAAAUAAACGUUAUCAACGUUUGUUUUCACACUUUCAUGAAGUGUUGAGCUCUUGCAGUUUUCCUAUUGGACGGAGCAGCCGGAUCAGUCGUACGUUGGACCGUUUAUGCAAAUCAGCGCAGCCCGAAUAUGGACACGGAGGAAUGAAAUAUGGUGGAGGAGGCGAACAUGGAGGACCGAGGACCGUGAGAGCUCCGCCGAAGACCGUUUUUGGGGGGUUUGUUCGGAAGAAACGUGGAUGUACUUCCAGCGGGGCUUUUUCGGUGGAUAACUUUGGUGGAAACUUUCGUGUUUGCGUCUCUUUUUCUGUGCGGCGAUCAGCGCGUCGAGGUCGAGUUUGUUGUAAUGCAGUGAGGAGCGACUUUUUCGGGGGGAUAAAAGCAGGGCAGAGGGCUCUCACCAUCCCGACGCUAUGCCGUGGGUCAGCGGCGGUAAGCGGAGAGAGAGCUCGGAGCUGCCGCUGCCCGCGGGCUGGGAGGAAGCCCGGGAUUACGAUGGCAGAGUGUUUUUUAUCGACCACAACACCCGGCAAACUUCGUGGAUUGACCCCAGAGAUAGGAUCACCAAACCACUGACGUUUGCCGACUGUGUUGGAGAUGAACUUCCUCUCGGGUGGGAGGAAGUUUACGACCAGCAAGUGGGAGUUUACUACAUCGACCACAUCAACAAGACGACCCAGAUUGAGAACCCGCGGACUCAAUGGCGGCAGGAGCAGGAGCGCAUGCUGAAGGAGUACCUUGUUGUGGCCCAGGAGGCCCUCAAAGCCAAGAAGGAGAUGUACCUGGUCAAGCAGCAGCGACUGGAGCUGGCUCAGCAGGAAAUGUUGCUCUUCCACGAGCUCUCUGAGGACAACCGCUCCAUCACCAGCACGCUCUCCGGCUCGUCCUCAAACGCGAAAUACGACCCCGACCAAAUAAAAGUGGAAAUAGCUUGUCGACGAGAGCGGCUGUCCAGACUGAAGCAGGAGCUGGCCCAGGUGAAGCAGGAGCUGCAGUAUAAGGAAAUGGGAGUGGAGACCCUGCAGGAGAUCGACAGGAAGAUGUCCUGCAGUCAGACAAACUACAAGCUGGACGAGGCUCAGGCCAUCUUCAACGAGCUGCGGAGCAUCAAGAAGGCCAUCAGCACAGGCGAGAAGGAGAGGCAGGACCUCAUCCAGUGCCUGGCGAAGCUGACGGUGAACUUCCAAAACAGCUUGUCCAUCCAUGACUCGACAGGCGAUGUGGCGAACAGCACUGGAACCGUUGGUGACUCGUGCAAUCUGCAGCAGUAUUGCGACACAGGCUGUCAGACUGACAUCAUGGGAGAGUAUGGUUCCCAAGAUUCCUCACAUUUAGUGGACAAAGUGAAACUUAACUGGCAGUAUGAGGAAGCCAAGAAAAAGGUGCAGAGUAUACAGCACCAGCUAGCACAGCUGGACAGUGAGAGCUGGUCGGGGCGGCCCGAGGCAGACCGAGACCGGGACUUCAUGCAGCUCCUGCGCGAGAAGGAGGCCCUCCUGCAGGAGCUCAUCCUGGUCAGCAAGCAGCAGCAUUCUCCAGAGACGCUGCUGCAGCUGGAGGAGGAGCGCUGCAAACUGGAGGAGGAGGUGCAGAGGGCUCACAGCUCCCAGAGCCAGGGAGCCAAUCAGAGGAUCCUGCAGCAGGAGAAGAGGAACGCUCUGCUGAGACAGCUGGAGGAGGCAACACGCAUCACCACGUACCUUCACUCCCAGCUGAAGAGCCUGUCGGCCAGCUCUUUGACGGUGUCGUCCAGCAGCAGCCGUGGCUCUCUCGCCUCCAGUCGGGGCUCCUUGGCGUCCAGUCGAGGCUCCCUCAGCUCCAUCAGCUUUAGUGACAUCUACGGCGUCCCCCAGUACGAGCGUCAUGAGGGGGCUGGGGAACCGCUCGACCCACACCUACGCUACCUGCUGCCACCGGAGACCUUGUCCAGAGACUGCUCCAUGUUCACUCCCGACCCCCUGACCCAGGGCAAAACCAAACGCUCCCACGACACCCCGCAGUCACUGGCCUCGCUCUCCUCCCGCUCCUCGCUCUCCUCCUUGUCACCGCCCAGCUCCCCCAUGGACACGCCCUACCACUCUGCCCCCCAGGACUGCCCUCUCACCCAGAUGACGGAGGAGUACAUGGAGCAGGCGGGCCGUGGCUUGUUAGAGGGACUACGGGCGCAGUCGCAAACCCUGUCGCACACCACCAUGUUGAGCAGCGAGGACACGGUCAGCCCCACCGCCGUCCAUCAGCUGGACAACAAGAGUCACAGAGACGGCGGGGUGCAGGGGGCUUUCACCUCCACAGGAGUGACUCUGAGGGGAAACAGCGCCAACCGAAGCGGCAGGAGGGCCCGGAGAGUCUCUGCAGGUGUGUCGGAGGACGCUUUGGCCACAGACAGCGGCGUGUUCGAGGCCUGGGGCAGAAGAGCAGAGGAGUCUGACGAGUUGUCGUACAUGAAAGAGCUGACGUCUGUGAGCGAGCCCACCCAGAUCCAGCUGGGACUUCUGUGGGAGUCUAGUUCUCAGUCUCUCCGACUUCAUCUGCUGCAGCUCAAGAAUUUGAACAGGUCCACUGUGAGAGACGGCUACAAAGUGUACGUGAAGGUGCACUUGAUUCCACUGGACGCCGGCAGGGCCUGUGCGUUUUACUGUUGUACGGCGUUGGAGCCGCAGUCCCAGAUGAGUUUCAACGAAGGCUUCCGCAUUCCUGUCCCUGCAAACGCCCUGGCGGUGUGCGCCCUGCAGCUGUCUGUCUGCUCGCUGGGACCUCAGGCUCAGGAGGAACCGCUGGGUACAGCCCAGGUGAGCUUGGCUGACUGCGAGGGGAGUGCAGAGAUGGUUUACCACUGGCUGCGAGUGCACAUGCUGAGCGGGACGGAGUUAUCGAGGCCUGAACAGAAGAGCCUCAGUCACCGGAGACACCACGACGGCCAGGAAGACGAGCAAAGGCCCAGAGCCAUGGACACUGUAUGCAGUCUGCUGUCACGCAACACGGCCACCACACACCUGGAGGAGCGAGAGGCGGAGCUGGAGCUGCAGAGGCUGGAGAAGAAGGACGAGCCGGGGGAGGCGGCAUCUGAGAGGAGUUGGCAGGCGGAGUCGGUGGACAGCGGCUGCAGCAACAGCACAGCGUUCACAGCUCCUUUCUCAGAGGGCCUGUGUGCAGAGGGCAUCUGCAUCACCACCGGAGCGCGCUGUGACCAGACAAACAGUAAACUAGCUACAGUAAAGGUUGAGAAGGCCACCAUGACAGAAGGACUGUUCCCAGAGCUGGUGCGAGUCCGGCCCAAAGACCGGGGCGGUCGCUGGGGUCACGCCUCACCGUUCAUGCGCAGCAGCACCAUCGUUCGCUCUCAGACGUUCUCUCCUGGCGCUCGUAGUCAGUAUGUCUGCAGGUUAUAUCGCAGCGACAGUGACAGCUCAACUCUACCAAAGAAAUCACCUUUUGUCAGGAACACGUUGGAAAGAAGAACGUUGCGAUAUAAGCAGCAGUCGUACCGCUCCUCCCUGGCUGAGCAGCCGACACGUACCUCCCUGGACCUGGAGCUGGAUCUCCAGGCCUGCAGGACGCGUCAGAGGCAGCUAAUGGAGGAGCUGAGCGCUCUGAGGGAGCUGAAGCUGAGACUUGAGGACCAGCAAACCAGGGAUACCACCGAGCUCCCCCAUUGGGCGCUGAGGGAUGAGCGCUUCCGCUGCCUGCUCAGAGAGGCCCAGAGACAGGCUGGCCAAAGCAAGCAGGAGCAGCGUCAGGAGGAGGCGGCAGAGAGGAGGCUGAGGAAGGCUUCUAAAGAGGUUCUGCAGAUGAGGGGGCAGAGCCAGAAGGAGCCCCUGCCUGUGCAGACAUUCAGGUAUGGACUGUGUUGACUCCUGGUCAACUUUCACACCAUCAUUCCACUGAGAUUUCACCCUCUCGCUGAUUAAAGUCAGCGAACUUUAAGUCAGAGCAUCUUUAGGUUUUGUAAUGUAACACAGGGGCUUAAUCACAAUACAUCAUGAGGGGUACAAGUAAUAAUAUUCAGAAAAUAUCAAGUGUUGUCCGUCUUAUGUCAUCAAAAAACAUGGAAAAACACUGUAGUCUAAUAUGUCAUCAAAACUCAUGAUAGAAAUCAUUAUAUAAUAUGUCAUAAAAAAUAUUUUUUUAAAAAUCGUAGUAUGGUUUGAUAACAAAAUUUAAAAAAAAUCUCACA